UGGCCCUGCGCAGCAGCCCGCUAGGAUCCAUCGGACCAGCGGCUCCCGCCCCACAGAGGCGCCUGCACACAAGUGACAGCCAGACGGACGGAUCCUGAGGAGCAGGGCCCAUGGACACCUUCAGCACGAAGAGCCUGGCCCUGCAGGCCCAGAAGAAAGUGCUCAGCAAGAUGGCCUCUAAGGCUAUGGUGGCCGUGUUCGCGGACGACACCAGCAGCGAGAUCCUGGAUGAACUGUACCAAGCCACCAAGGAGUUCACCCGCAGCCGGAAGGAGGCACAGAGGGUGGUAAAGAACCUAGUGAAGGUGGCCGUGAAGCUGGCCGUACUGCUGCGGGCGGGUCAACUGGACGGCGACGAGCUGGCCCAGCUACGAAGGUUCCAGGGCCGCGUGCGCAGCCUGGCCAUGACGGCCCUCAGUUUCCACCAGGUGGACUUCACCUUCGACCGGCGUGUGCUGGCCGCGGGGCUGCUGGAGUGCCGGGACCUGCUGCACCAGGCCACCGGCCCUCACCUCACAGCCAAGUCCCACGGCCGCAUCAACCACGUCUUCAGCCACUUUGCCAAUGGCGACUUCCUGGCCGCGCUGUACGGCCCUGCGGAGCCCUAUCGGAGCCACCUGCGCCGCAUCUGCGACGGCCUUGGACGGAUGCUCGACGAGGGCGGUAUCUGACCUGGCCUGGAGACCUUUCCAGAACAUCACUGCUCAUCCCAGCUUUGCUCCUUUCUACUUCUGAGAAGCUGUCUUGUAGCCCAGCCCGACCCCAGACUCUACGGAGCCAAGGCUGACCUUGAACUGAUGCUGCUCCUGCUGCCUCCUGAGUGCUGGGGUCACAGGUGUGCUCCACCAUCUCAUUGAAUGUUUAUGUUAGUUUCCUCUCAGGGCCUCCCAAUGUGACUCGCUUUAGGAAAUGGAGUUCAAGCCCUGCCCGGCACCAGUCUAGUGUUGAAGGGAUCCCAGCCUGCCAUGUGGGCUGGGGAUGAGCACACUUUCGUGUUGGGAUCUGGAGGAGACCCCCAUCUGGAGACUGCACCCAGCAUCUAAGAGCAGGAAGAAACCGUCCCUGAGGUGGCUCAGCAUGUGUUGUGACGGGAGCUCAAUCCCCAAAACCACACCAUGGAAGCAGAGAACCAGUUUUGGCAAGUUGACCUGACUUACACAUGACCUGCUCAUGCAGCAAGGGGUGACUGAGCUGGUGGGAAAGAAGUCCUCACUGGGAGGGAGGAGCCUGGGGACCUCAGAAGCUGUCCCCAGCUUCCGCAGGCCAGGGCUACUGGAGAUAUGUGUCUGUGUUAAAUUAUAAUGCCGUAUUUGGGAAACAAACCCAUCCUUUCUCUUUGUAUGACAGCCAGGACUUGUAAUCAACACUGACCACACAUGUGGAAGCAUGACUAAUACCUGGCUUAACCUUAUGGUCACUAUGAGACAGAACUUUUAUCCUUGGAAAGGUGGGCAGGUUUCAGCUACAUUUGUGCACUGCUGAGGUGUGGGUUAGUUCUCUAGACUCCCCCAGUAAGGGGCUGUGGGCAUGGCCAUGGUGGAGCCCCGCCUAGAAUCCUCAGUGAGGGGCUGUGGGUGAGGUCAGGGUGGAGCCCCGCCUAGAAUCCUCAGUGAGGGGCUGGGGGCGCGGUCAGGGUGGAGCCCACCAUAGAAUCCCCCAGUGAGGGGUGGGAUGUGGCCAGGGGUAGCAUGCCCAAGGUGGGAGACCCGAGACCAGUGAGGACAGUGCAUCUGCACUUGCUGGCAGGCAUGGAGGUUGUGCAAUGCUGCAGGUGUUAAGGUGAUCUGGGAUACACAACAUCCACAGCUGUGUGUAUUUAGGACAAAGUUUACAACCUAUAGCCUGUGGGGCCUGGCUGAGGGGUCACAGAGGCUUUAUUAAUGUUUCAAACAUGGCCAACACAGAGAUUCUAUCAACUAUAGCUUGUUAAUAUUUGUUGUUUUUAAAACAGUAUCUUAUCCUAUAACCCGGACUAGCCUCAGCGCCCCUAAGGCUGGCUGGACUGGCUGGGAUGCCAGCCUGAGCAUCACAUUCCCCUGGGGCAGCCAGCCCUCCUGCCAGCUCUGGGCAGGAAGGGGUCAGGUCCUUGAAGCCUCCCUCUCUCACCACACCAGCUCCACAGGUAACUCGUCUCCCUUUAGGCCCUGGGCCAGAUGAAACCCUCAUGCUGACCAGAUGGACCAAGGAGGGGAACGGUCUGAGAUUUGCGGGUGAGAUGAAGAGGAAAGCCAGAGCGCAUGAGGGACAUUCCUUUAUUAUUGUGUGUCACUGGGCUGUGUAUGCUACACGGAGCCUCGGCCAUCAAGCUAACCCUAUUUCCUUUUUAGAUUUAGAUUCUCAGGGUGACCUGAACUUCACAAUCCUCCUGCCUCAACUGCUUGAAUGCUUGGGAUCACAGGCCUAUGCAAGAAAAAUAUUUAAAGGUGCCGUGUGGCUGGUGACAUGGGUAGAGGUGCUUGCUGCCACACCUGCCACCCAGAGAGUCUAUGUCAGAGGCCCUGAGGAGGCAACUCCUCCCCUGCCAGCCCAGGGAGGACAAGAUGGGGCUAGAUGCCCUCCCCCACCAGGUUCCACUGUGCUCUCUUGGCUCGGCAUGAGCUGGUGGCUAUGGGUCUGGACGCAGCUCUGUGGCCUCACUGGCCUCCUGUGUUAGAGGCACUAGGUUCAUGCCGAGCACCACAAAAUUUUUCCUUAGAAAUUUAAGAUUAAAUAUUAAAGGGCCAUUGUGUCCCAGCCCCCA